AUGAGCGGGUCAGAGAGCCUUGUGCAAGCCAAUUGGUGUAACUUGAGUUACCAAACCGCUGGCCUGACCACACCGUCACUACUGAUUGACUCUUUGUCAGCUCCUGGCGGGUGUCUUCUCUCAAUAUUUGCGCAACCUGGCCCAAGGCGGUCCAAUCAGCUCCUUUGCUAUGGCUCAUAUGCCCAGUUGUUUACUGACGACAGAUCCCAACUGGCAUCAGGAAUGCACUCUCUAUAAUUGGUUGGAAGAAGCGACCCCUGCUGGCUUAUUCUAUUAGCUCCAAGUGCAUUCACCAAUCUAUGCCAAGUGGCCUAUCUCCAUUGUCUAUAUCCACUACGCAUCCUUAACUUCCAAACAGUAAUGCUUAGCUUAUCCGGAAUAAUCGAGGACUAACUCGGUUACUGAGAUAGUAUGGUUAAUCGACAGAACUAUAUAUUGAGUAAAAUUGCAUAGCACAAACAAUAUAUUAG